AUGACAGGCGCCCGGGACUCCUCUUUCCCCAUCGUCCACUUUCUCUUCUUCUCCCUUGUGGCUUCCACCAUCCUCUACCUGGGAUGGCAGAACUUGCAGAGGUUCCCAGGAGGUCCAGCCCCCCGAGUCCAACUGCCCCCGAGCAGCUGGACGGUGAACACCAAGGGCCGCUUGGGGAACCAGAUGGGUCAGUACGCCACUCUCUAUGCCCUGGCUAAGAUGCACGGGAAGCAAGCCGUCAUCUCUCCCAAGAUGCAGAAAACCCUGGGCCGCCUUUUCCGCAUCACGCUGCCUGUCCUCACCGACAGGGCGGCCCUGCAGAUCCCCUGGAUCAGCUACCUGCUGGAAGACUGGAUGAAGGAGGAGUACCGCGACAUCCCUUGGAACUAUGUCUUUUUCCUGGGCUUCCCCUGCUCCUGGACUUUCUACCACCAUCUACGGGAUGAAAUCCUCCAGGAGUUCUCCCUACAUGCCAACAUCCAGGAGGAGGCUCAGGCCUUCCUGCACCAGGUGCGCAGGGGCCGAGGUCAUAGCCUUACCUUUGUGGGGGUCCACGUCCGCCGGGGUGACUAUGUCCGGAUCAUGCCUGAGAUAUGGAAGGGUGUGGUGGCUGACAAAGGCUACCUGGAGAAGGCAUUGGACUGGUUCCGGGCCCGCUACACCAAUGUUGUCUUUGUGGUCACCAGUAAUGGGAUGGCCUGGUGCUGGAAAAACAUCAACACCUCCAUGGGAGACGUGGUGUUUGCCAAGAGGCGGAUGAGGCCAUCUGCUGAGAAGGACUUCGCCUUGCUGACUCAGUGCAACCACACCAUCAUGACCAUCGGCACUUUUGGCUUCUGGGCCGCCUACCUGGCCGGAGGACGCACUGUCUACUUGGCCAACUACACCCUCCCCGACUCCAAGUUCUUGGAGAUCUUCAAGCCGGAAGCUACCUUCUUGCCAGAGUGGGUGGGGAUCCCUGCUGAUCUGUCACCUCUGCUUAGGGGCCAACCUUAG